UUCUCUAAUUCUGACACCAUUUUUCCAUUUUCAUAAACGAAGGUUUCAACAAUGGCUCUACAUCCACUACUCCUCCGCUUUCUCCUCCUCCACUUCUCCGCUGUCGCCGUCGUCUCCUCCCUUUCUCAUCCUCCCACAACCAAUGGCACCGCUAUCUCCCCCACCCAUUCCCCCUCUGCCCCCACCCCUUCUUCCGCCCCAACUCCCAAGACACCUACCACCAAUGGCACCGUUAUCUCCCCCACGCAUUCCCCCUCUGCCCCCAACCCUUCUACUGCCCCAACUCCCAAGACACCCACCACCCCUAUUUCCACUUCCACAUCUACCCUUGACCCAAAACAACUCAGAGCCCUCCAGUCCCUAAAUAUCCCAACCUCCAAAGACCCCUGCUCCGCCCCACGCCACAUCUCCACUGCCGCCGCCUGUGACUCCUCCAAGCCCUUCCGCCACCUCCUCUCUCUCACACUCACCAACUGUUCAGAUGACGUAGCUUUAUCUUUCACUGCCCUCAAAUCCCUCUCCACUCUCCACACUCUCCAGUUCAUCAACUGCCGCGUUUCCCCAAUUAGAUUCCCCUAUGAACUUACCUCAAAUCUCCAUUCCUUUACUUGCAUCAACAGCCUCAAGAAACUCACCGGGGUUUGGCUUAGCAGGCUACAAAAUGUAUCCGAUUUAACUGUUUCCCACGUGAGUAUAACUGCUAGUGGCCCUUCCAUUAUCCUCAACAACAUGAAAUUCUUGCAUUCUGUCACUCUUUCACACACGAAUCUCACUGGCUAUCUCCCAAAACAUUGGCAUCCGAAUCUCACUACUGUAGAUUUAUCGGGAAACAAUCUCAAAGGAAAGAUACCCCUUUCCUUAACACGCCUAGAAAAUCUUGGACACUUGAAUCUGUCAUCAAAUUCCCUCAACGGAACAAUUCCCACUACAUUUGGGGACUUGAAUGCUCUGCAGAAUCUUUCACUGGCUUCAAACUCAUUGUCGGGAUCGAUCCCGGAAUCCUUAGCAGCAGUGCCCGGUCUAAUGUGCCUCGAUCUAGGGUCUAAUAAGCUCAACGGGACUAUCCCAAAGUUCAUACAGGACAUGAAGAAAUUGAAGUAUUUAAAUCUUGAGAAGAACAGUUUCCAUGGAGUUCUGCCCUUCAAUGCAACAUUUAUAAAGAGAUUGGAAGUGUUCAAGGUGGGUGACAAUUCCAAUCUUUGUUAUAACCAUUCGACAUUGAGCUCAAAAGUAAAGCUUGGGAUUUCUCCUUGUGACAAACAUGGGUUGCCUAUGUCUCCACCACCUGCUAAGUACUCAUCUGAUGAUGAUACUAGCGACAGUUCUGAUGAUGAAGAUUACAGUAAUGUUGAAGAAAAGCAUCAUUCCAAUGGGCCAAGUAAGAUUGUUCUUGGUGUUGCAAUUGGGCUUUCUUCAAUUGUCUUUCUCAUUGUUUUCUUGGUUCUUUUGUCCAAAUGUUGUAAAUAAUUUAGACCCAAAAUGAUUUAUUGUUUCAUUUAGCUCAGGAAAAUUAUCGGAGUUCUGAUUUGAGAUUAGAUUUAAUUUAUAUAUCAUAUUAUUAAAUUAAAAAAGAAACAUAAAGAAUGAAGGAGAACUCGGAUGUGGGUGAUUCUUUUGUUACUUUUCGAUUAUGUUGCUGGAAUUUGAUUAGACUAAGAGAGGGGAAGUGGCUAAUUUUGUAUUCCAAUAUUUCCAUGGUUUUAAGCUCACUUUAUCCUUAUUCCUUUGUAAUCUGUAUAUUUCUUGAGAUGUAAGGAUUUGCUUUUCUUACACUUUCAGCCUUUAAUUUGUGUCUUUUUGCUAUUUAAUUAUUUCUUUUUGAAGGCAUUAUUAGCUUUA